UGUGCAUGUAGGUCAUUCUGGACCUUUUCGUGCAGCGACGGCACCACUCGUGAACUGGCCCCCCGUCAUGUUUCACAGACGCCGUUCCCGAACGCUGUGCAGUCCCUUCGUGCUUCACUGUUUCCCCUCUUUUUCUCUUUGUUGACCCCUGCCGCCUGGUUCGGAAUUUGUCACCCUUCAACAAAACUCACCCCAAAGCAGGGCCCCUCAAUUUAGCUUUGGGAGGCCGCUCUACAUAAUCUUUCUGUCAGACUUUUUCCUUUUUUCCCAACCACUCAAGCCCACCACUCACCGCUGCUGAGCUGCUUCGCCUCUUCGGCUGGCCCGUUUGGCCAUCCUCGCAUAAGACAGACCUCUCGGACAAGCGGGGAAAGGGCAAGGCUCUCAGACAGGCUAACCACCAUGGACGACAACGACACCUCUUCUUCUUCUUCUCGACCCCUCGACCUGCCACACACCCUCGAGGACAAGAAGAUCAAAGCCCUUCCACCCGCCUGCUACUACAUCUCAGAUUUCAUCACCGAAGAAGAGGAAAAGGCGAUAUUGGACAAGGUCAACGCAGCUCCGAAAGCGAGAUGGCGACAACUCACUCAUAGGCGCCUCCAAACAUGGCCAUCCGAUCUCGUCAAAAACACCCUUCUCGAUGCCCGGCCACUCCCCGACUGGCUCGAACAACCCGUCGUCGCACGUCUCCUCUCGAUCCCACUAUCUGACAGCCAACCCGAGAACGUGUUUCAUAACAGCCCUCACCAACGACCAAACCAUGUCCUGAUCAACGAAUACCCUCCAAACACCGGCAUCAUGCCACACAAGGACGGCGGCGCCUACCACCCCGUCGUUUGCACCGUGAGUCUCGGUUCUACCCUCUGCUUGAACCUGUACAAGAGCAAGGAAGACGGCGCUUUGGACCUGGAGCCUGUCUGGCGCAUCCUCCAAGAGCCCCGGAGUCUCUUGAUCACAACCGCGGAUCUCUACACAGAGUAUCUCCAUGGCAUCGAGCCUAUCGCAACCGAUGUAGAGUUGUCGGGGAAGACGAUUGUGAACUGGGACCUCUUGCGUUCUCCGGAGCUAUACAAAGACGGCCUGAACCAGCGGCGGACACGUAUCAGCCUGACGUAUCGGGAUGUACUCAAAGUCUCCAAACUGGGAAAUAAGCUGGGACUGAUGUUUAAGCGUCCCUGAGAAAACACCGGCCAGGUACUGAAUUUCCGGACUCGGCCGAGGCAGAUGGGCCACUUUGAUGCUGAACAAAAUUGACGGGAACCAAGGCCGAAUUCUUGGGUCGAAAAAGCUCCUCACGUGUUGUCCUUGUUGCUAUGAAUGAUGGUGAACUUUUUUGAUGUGGUAA